GCUCUCACGCCACUCAGACUGCAGGAUCAUCAUGAGGACUUCGCUGCUGUGCCUCGCUCUCGUUGCAGUGGUCGCUGCCGACAGGAUCCCUGGCUUUGUCGUGCCGGGAAAAUGUCCUGCGGUCGACGAGAGAAUGCUCUACUCUCAACAGAAGCCGAACUUUCAAAGGUAUGCGGGCACAUGGUACGAAAUUGCACUCACAAACAACCCAUACCAACUGAUUAAGCAGUGUGUCCGCAACGAAUAUACUUAUGAUGGAACCAAGUUCAACGUCAGGACUACUGGUACUGAUGCCCACGGAAACGCAAUCACACGUAAUGGUCAGGUUCUGCCAAAUCCUUUCGGAGAACCUCACCUUUCCGUGGACUACGAAGCAUCCUGGAUGGCUCCCUACGUGAUUCUGGACACUGACUACGAGAACUUCUCGUGCAUCUAUAGCUGCGCCGGCCACAACUUCGGCUACUACGCCGACUUCGCCUUCAUCUUCUCCCGCUCGCCAACUCUCGCUGACAGAUACUACAGGCGUUGUGAAGCCGCCUGGACAAGAGUAGGAGCUUUUCAAUUGUCAUACGUCGUAUGGAAAGGUUUAUUUCCUUUUGAAGGAAAUGAUACUCUAAGUCAGGGCUUUACUUUAUUAUUGUGGAGAUCUUAA